AUGCUGAGCUACUACACAGGCUACCAACCCGGCGAUGUAGCAGGAAACAUCCCAGAUCCGUACUACUGGUGGGAAGCCGGAGCGAUGUUCGGCGCGAUGGUGGAAUACUACUACUAUACCGGCGACGACACAUGGAACGACUGGACCACGCAAGCACUGCUGCACCAAGUCGGCGCAGACGAUAAUUACAUGCCCUACAACCAAACCCGAACAAUGGGAAACGACGACCAGAUCUUCUGGGCAUUUGCCGCAAUGUCCGCCGCCGAAACGAAGUACCCCGAUCCACCCGACGGCCAACCGCAGUGGCUCCAGCUCGCGGAGAACGUAUUCAACUCGCAAGUCGCUCGAUGGGACGCGUCAACUUGUGGCGGCGGUUUACACUGGCAGGCAUACGAGUCUCUUGGUGGGUGGCAUUUGAAAAAUUCGAUUUCAAAUGGCGGGUUGUUCAACAUAGCGUCGCGGUUGGCGCAUUAUACCAACAAUGAGACGUAUUCACACUGGGCGGAGAAAAUCUGGGACUGGACUGAGGAUAUUGGUCUCAUUCGUUCGGACUAUACUAUUUGGGAUAAUACCGAUUCAAAGAAUAAUUGUACCACUUUCGAUCGGGUGGAGCAUGCCUAUCUGCCAGCUGUUUUUAUGCAUGGCUGUGCCAAUAUGUAUGCCGUGACAAACGGGUCCAAAAAGUGGGAAACCCGCGUGACCGGCAUAACGAACGCACUGGACUCCUUCUUCGAAAAGAAAAACAACAAUGUAAUGUCCCAGCCAUGCGAAGUCGCCUCAUGCAACCUAAACGAGCAAUCCUUCAAGGCCUACCUAGCUCGUUUCAUGGGGGCAACGGUACCACUCGCGCCAUUCGUCGAGACAACUAUCAUGACGAAGAUCAAUGCGUCCGCCAUCGCGGCCGCAAAGCAGUGUUCCGGAGGCUCGGAUAAUAAAUGCGGGUUGCGCUGGACAGAUGGGGGGAAAUAUGAUGGGACGACGGGGAUUGGGGAGCAGAUGUCUGCUCUUGAGGUUAUUCAGAGUACCUUGGCUAGACCUAAGAAUGUGCCUGUUUCGAAGGAUACUGGUGGUACUAGUACGGGCAAUGAUCCGUCUACAGGGGAAAGAAAGAUACAAAUGUCAAUACGAGGGAUAUGA